AUGUCAACAUCAGAGAACACAACAACAGUUAUAGUCCAUGAAGCCAUAAAUGAAGAAUACGAAUACAUACAAUAUAACAAACAACUUCGCCUCAUUCGUUCGGUCAAAGAUGACAUGUACCAAAUGCAAAGUAUAAUGAAUGCUCUUCGUUCUACAAAGCAAGCAUAUCAUUGGUUUGAAAACCAACAGACAAAAGAACUUUUAGAAGAAUUUCCUCAUAUGAUUGCUUCCCUCGGAAAACCGAGAGAAGAGAUUCCGUACGAAAAUCGCAAGAAUUUGGCUCCUGGUUUGAAAGGUUAUUAUGUUCAUAGACUUUUAGUAAAUGCUGUAGCAAUGUGGGCUUCACCUCGUUAUGCUUGUUAUAUUUUCAUGAUGUUAGAUGAACUAUAUAAAGCAGAACGUGAAGAUAUGGAAAUGAAACUUCAAGCAAAAGAUGAAGUCAUUGAAUCCAAAGACAAAAGCAUACAGAAAAGAAUACCACGUUCAGUACCAAAAGGAAAGGAAAAGAGUUAUAAGUAUAUGAUAUAUACUGAAGAGUUGGAGAAAGAAGAAGAUAGAGAUAUGGUUAU